AAAAGUGAUAAAAAAAAUUCCAAGACUCUAAAAAUAUUAUUUGUUUAAAAUCAAUCGCAUUUCUAAGCACCUUAUUUAUUAACAAGUUGUCUUUCUUAACGAAAAGUUGACGAACAAGUGAAGUGAGUGUUUAAAAUGUCAAAAACUAUAUUUGAUGAAAAGGAAUUUGUGUAUACAGAUGAUCAAAAGAAAAAACUUUCCGAAUUACGGAUAUUAGUGGAAGAUUGCAAAGAACUUGAAAUCGGCACCGAUGACAUUUUUCUGUCCAAGUUUCUAUAUUCAGUACAAUGGAAUGUUCCAAAUGCAUAUGAAAAAAUCCACCGUUACUAUGAUUUCAAGGCAUUAUAUCCAACUUGGAUAGCAAGUCAUCCACCAGAAGAGUUUAAGGAUCAUUUUUUAGUUCACAAAUGUAGAAAUGUUAUGCCAAUACCGGACAAAGAUGGCAGAGCAAUAAUGAUUAUACACGCAGUUGAUCUGUUUGAUAAGUAUCCAAACUAUUUUUAUGAUCUCGUUGAAAUGGAUGAUUUGAUAAUUGAAGCUUUAUUUCUGUUGCCACAAGUUCAAAAAUGUGGAAUAAAUAUGGUUUUUGAUCUAAUGGAUGCUACAAAAAACAUUAUUAAACUAGUUUCACCCUCCAAUUCCAAAAUGAUGAACAAAAAGAAUGACGUUCUCCCCAACACAAAUCGGACGUGUCAUCUUCUACAAAAAGGCUUUCUUAUGAACACAGCGACCUCUAUGAUAAUGCCAUUUAUGGAAAAAAGCUUCAGAGAAACGAUCUUCCAUCAUGAUGGAAAAAAUUUGAAAAAAUUCCGUGCUGCCAUUGGCGAGGAUAACGCACCAGCUAUUUAUGGAGGCCCUGUCAAGAACACCUUUGAUGAGAAUCUCAUUUGGAAUCACAUUAUGACGAAUCGAGAGUACUUGGUGAAAUUACAAACCUACAGAAAAGCAUCAGCUGUAAAGAAAUAAAAUGAUAAAUUAAAUGUAAA